AGUGAAACCGCAGCGAGAGCAGGAACCGCGCGCCGCGGCCCGGCCGGACCUGACCUUCGCCCCGAGGCCAUGAACAACGGCCGCGCGGGGAUCCCGGGCUCAGCCGGGGAGACCCGCAAAAAGGAGUAAAUGCGCCUGAAGGCGGAGGCAGAGCUGCAGAAAGGAAGGGAGGGACGGAGCCGCCCGCCCUGUCGCCCCUGGCGAUGGAUACCAUGUCUGGCAGAAAUAAGAAGGAGCAGCAGGAACCUGUGAGGGCCAGAGUCACAGGGAAGAUUCCAGAAUGGCUGCAGGGAACCCUGCUUCGCAACGGGCCUGGGAUGCACACAGUGGGGGAGACCAGAUACAACCAUUGGUUUGAUGGCCUGGCCUUGCUCCACAGCUUCACAAUUAGAGACGGUAAAGUCGAUUACCGAAGCAAAUACCUGAGAAGUGAUACCUACAAUGCCAACAUCGCAGCAAACAGGAUCGUGGUGUCAGAGUUUGGAACAAUGGCCUAUCCGGACCCCUGCAAAAACAUAUUUUCUAAAGCUUUCUCCUACCUGUCCCACACCAUCCCAGACUUCACAGACAACUGCCUGAUUAACAUCAUGAAGUGUGGGGAAGACUUCUAUGCUACCACAGAGACCAAUUACAUCAGGAAAAUCAACCCACAGACUCUGGAAACCCUGGAGAAGGUGGAUUAUCGUAAAUACGUGGCUGUAAAUCUGGCAACAUCACAUCCUCAUUAUGAUGCGGCUGGAAACCUUCUCAACAUGGGCACAUCCAUUAUGGACAAGGGGAAGACAAAAUAUGUGGUAUUCAAGAUCCCUGCUACAGUACCAGGGGCCAAGAAGGCAGGGAUGAACCCCCUGAAGCACACGGAGGUGUUCUGCUCCAUCCCCUCCCGCUCCCUCCUCUCGCCGAGCUACCACCACAGCUUCGGGGUCACCGAGAACUACAUCAUUUUCCUCGAGCAGCCUUUCAAGCUGGAUAUCCUCAAGAUGGCAACUGCGUACAUGCGGGGAGUCAGCUGGGCUUCCUGCCUGGCUUUCCACAGGGAGGAAAAGACGUACAUCCACAUCGUGGACCGGAGGACCAGAAAGCCUGUCCCUGCCAGGUUCUACACCAACGCCAUGGUCGUCUUUCACCACAUCAACGCCUACGAAGAGGAUGGCUGCAUCCUGUUUGACGUCAUCGCCUACGAAGACAGCAGCCUCUACGAUCUCUUCUACCUGGCAAACCUGAACCAGGACUUCCAGGAGAACUCCAGGCUCACCUCCGUCCCCACCCUCAGGAGGUUCGCCGUGCCCCUCCAGGUGGACAAGAAUGCAGAAGUGGGUGCAAAUUUAAUCAAGCUGGCCUCCACAACAGCAACAGCCCUGAAGGAAAAGGAUGACCAAGUCUACUGCCAGCCUGAAUUGCUUUACGAAGGCUUGGAAUUACCACAGAUUAAUUAUGCUCACAAUGGGCAACCAUACCGAUAUGUCUUUGCUGCAGAAGUUCAGUGGAGCCCAAUCCCGACCAAGAUACUGAAAUAUGACCUGCUCACCAAGUCAGCCUUAAAAUGGGGAGAGGAGCACUGCUGGCCGGCAGAGCCCCUGUUCGUGCCCACGCCGGGUGCCCAGGAGGAGGACGAUGGUGUUAUCUUAUCAGCCAUUGUCUCUACUGAUCCCCAGAAACCGCCUUUUCUUCUUAUUCUGGAUGCCAAAAGUUUCACAGAAUUGGCUCGCGCCUCCAUUGAUGCAGACAUGCACCUGGAUCUGCACGGGCUGUUCAUUCCAGACACAGACCAGAAAGCGAGAGCGCAGAUGCCCCCCGAGGAGCAGCAGGACAGGGCUUCAGCCUGCGAGGGGACGCCACAGACCUGGCGGAGCUGAGGCUUGUCGCCUGGGAAGUGUCCCUCACCUGGCAGCAUCCCGCAGGACUCUAAACUCAACACCUUUCUCGGGUGGAGGGGAGGGCCAUCGUUUCAUUUCGUACUUCUUCCUUCUGUGAGUACUUUCAGACAAGGGCCUGUCCGAAUCUUUUCUUUCAUUUUAUCUGAGUCACGAAAAAGCUUGUUUGAAAGUCAAUCAAAUAUUUAUUAACUCCAAGCACUUCAAAGAAAGCCCCUUUUCUUUAUUAUAAAGGCCUUGACCAUGAAUCAGAUGUAUUGAAUCACUGUUUUCGUCGUUCUUAGAAUGAGCAAGCACUAACCUAUGAGAGAAGAGACAGAUAAAUGUUUAUCAUUGCUCCUUCUUCCCUCCUUUCCUUCCUUCUAAUGGACUAAACGGGGCAUCUGGGAAUUCUAGCUUUCCCAACCAUGCCCUGUUAGUAAGUUAUGUGGCCAGGAAGGCAUGUUGCAUUGUGGUCAUUCUGUGCAAGACAUGGCAUAAUGCAAAUAAUAAAAACUUUCAAGUCGA